GGUGUGGAGGAAGCUUUUAUGUGCCUGAAGGAGGACGCACUGCAAUUGCAGCACCUGGAUACCCAACAGGUUACCCUCGUAGUACCAAGUGCAGUUAUGUAAUAAACGCGCCACCAGGCAAGCGUAUGCGUGUGACCCUGCAAACAUUUCAGACCGAGGGUUCGAGAGAUACCUUGACAAUUGGUGAUGGCUGUGAUAAAAACCAAAAUGGAACGCUUUACAUUAACGGCCACUUCGGCUUCAGUUUGCCUUCUCCGGAUUCAUUCCUUUCCGAUUCAGGAGCCGUCUGGAUGGUAUUUGACACAGAUGUCUACGGCAGUGCUUUUCAAGGAUUUGCAGCUUCCUUUGAGGAUACUGAUCUUAAAUACAAUGGACCUAAAGAUAGUAAUGGUAAUCCGAUGUACCAGUGUGAUUCAGACAAACAAGUACCAUUGAAGCCGGGUUACCCAAAAGAAGAACCAAAACCAGAACCAAAACCAGAACCAAAACCAGAACCGAAGCCAGAACCUCCAAAUGGUGAACCAGAAGAAGGAAGCGGUUUAUUAGUAGGAUUAACUCUUUAAUUUACUUUUUAAGCU